CUCUCUCUCCCUCUCUCUGUCUCUCACCCACUCACGCGCGCACAUUUUCAGUCUCGCGCAGUCCUGACAUCCCAUUUUAUUGUCAAUCUCUGCUUCCUUCACAGGGAUUUUCAUCUCUAUUCAAGAUCACUUGGAAAAUAUAUACAAGGAAAAUCCUUCGAGGGGGCUAUCCAGCACUGUGGCUCCGUCUCUUUUGCGCUCAGACUUAUCAACAAGGGCUUUGGCUGCAGUGUACACAGGAUGCCUCAAAAAGGUAAGCUCCGAUUUCUUGGCACUUUGUACCUACAUUUCAGACAGCGCGCAUUAUUCACACAAUCAUGCGUAUAGCCUAGUUUAUACAUUACACUAUUUUAUAGUGAAACAUAAAAUAAAAGUAGGCUAAGUGUUGAAAAGGCAAAUUAAAACAAAGUUAAUAACUUGCAAGUUUUUGUUGUAAUUUAGGAAGAGAGUCCGAUUGGCUCAAAAGUUUUCAGUGAUGGUCAUAUCGGCUUUAAUGAAGGAACUUCGGUACGCAGACUAGUGGCAGCCUAAUUGGAACAUUUCAGUUCGCCUCUUUCUUACUCUGGUAUUGCUUGUAUCCCGUCGUUGCUUGCGGAUAGCUUAAUGCUUAUUUAUGACAGGAAAGAGUAAAAAGUCACGUUAGGCCAGUAAUCAGUCCAGAGAAUGGGGACGCAAUGAUCCGAUGAGCAAGAGUGUCAAGUUGAAUCAUACAGUCAGACUCACCCGGGCACCAUCACAGAAAAUGCUCAGUGAACUUUUUCCUAAAGUUCACAAACCCUAACCCUUUAUCGUGUAUUCAAUUACAAUUGAAGUAGUCCUACUUACUGAACACAAAUAGUAAAGUCCUUUUAACAUUUGCAGGACAUAUAGGCCUAUGUGAAAACAGUACAGAAAUCCACUCAUAAUAAAUAAUACAUGAUUAAGCUUAGCCUAUAGCUAUUUUUCCACACAAAAGAAUGAGGACGAUAAUGAUUAGAAUGACUCCAUAUUAGGCAACGUUUUACGUGCAAUAGAUAAAACAAGUAGAAGAAAAUACAGAAAAAGUUCAACAUCAAAACCAUUGUUUAUAUUUGAGGUUCAUUUUGAUUAUGCUAUUUACAACGUUAGGAUAUGCAUUAGGCUUUUGACUCUUCCAGUACAAUAGGCCUAUUGCUUUAUUCUAAUGGCAAAACAUAUGGUAGCUAUAUAGGCCUGGUGGUAGCUAUGUAACAUGUUAUUGGGUUCAACUUCAUGCCGGACAUUGAUGCUGUAUUGAGUUUUUCUGUAUAUAAAUGAAGGGAAUAAUAUAUGCCUUACAAGUCUGAAGAUGCAUGUUCAAUUGAAAUUCCAGAGGUAGUGGGUUAAAACGGGCAAAAUACAGAUGAGGCCCUCCUAUUUUGUGGACUGCAUCAAAUAAAUAAUACAAUUCUAGCUAGACUUGAACAAAAAGCAAAUUAUUGGCUUUUCAUCAUCUCAUCUCAGUGUGAAGUAAAAAAAAUAAAAAAAUAAAAUAUAUAUAUAUAUAUAUAUAUAUAUAUAUAUAUAUUACAUAUAUUCAUACAAGUAGACAGCUUUCGGGUUAAGCUCAUGCUUAAUACAUUUCAUUAUUUUAGACAUGUAAUCAUUAUAAACUCGGAACCCUUUACUUUGCUUUUCCCAAUUUUUUCAUUGCAUUAAUACAUUUGAAAAUAAUUAGAAUGAGAAAAAUGCAAAUAAAUGCUUUGUAGCUACACCUAUCUAAUUAUAAACGUCUACAAUGAGUGAACCAAAAGUGCAUGUAAUUUUAUGUAAUAAAGGAUUAUUAAUUGUGAGUUGUAAUUAUGAGUUAGUUGAAUUUACACCGUUUCUUUUGAAUAUUUACCAUACAUAGGAAUAACACGUGCUGCACAGCUUGGCUCUAUGCUUGGAUGUAUAGGUUAUUUAUUUGUGGAUGCACACUGUAAAUACACACACACAAUCCAUCGCCUGUUUAAAAAGGAGGAGAUAAAAAGGGAGAAAAUCAAAGCUUGGACUAUUUCCAUAGUGCCCUCCUUUUCGGCAAAUGUUUUGAAUGGGCUCUUUAUGGCAAUUGUCUUUUUCCAAUUGAGCACCCCACUGAGCUGUUGUAUCUUUUUUACAAACCCUUAACGAAAAACCAGUAACACAAUUAUCUCCAGAUAUUUAUAACAAUCAUUUGCGUUUCUAUUUGAUAAAAAUUAAAAAAGCAGAGGGAUACGGACACCGGGUCACCGCACGCAGCAGCGUAACUGUGGCGGUGUGAGGGGGUUGUUGUUGUGCUGGGCAUGGGUGCAGUGGGAGGGGGUUGCUCCCUUCAGCUCUUUGUAUUCCUGAGAGUUAUUGGUACGGUUAGUACGAGGCUGGGUAUCUAGUUAGGGAGCCUCAGUUCUACACUCUGGGUUCUGGUGUAGAAGCAGAAAGGACGCCAUUGUUGAAAUUCUGCAGGCUUUGUUGGAGAGCCUUCACCCCCUUCCCGAUUUCACUUUCCAGAGCAGCCAACCGGGGUAGACAGCGUAUGCCACUAGACGACUACAUCUAAAGACAUCUUAAACGUAUAUUACUGAAGUUUUUAAUUGUAUGGAAAGGGGAUGGACUAAAGUGUUCAUGGCUAAUAUAAUAACAGUAAUAUUCACAUGAUGAGCCUUGAACAAUUAUGCACCUCUUAAUAUGCAAAUUUAUUAAAACAUCGUUAAUUGUAUUUCUAAACGUAGCCUACUCUCAAUACACCUAAAAUACAGUUAAAAGCUGAUAAUAUUUAACGUUUUCUAAAAUUACUGCAAUGCUUUUCAUCUCAUGAAAUGAGUUGGAAAAUAUUGCAGUAAGUCUGACUUAAUAAAAACGACAGCUAAGGUGUACUAAUAAAAUGUUUUGCUUUGUCCAUAGGGAGAAUAUAUUAACUAGUGAGAAGCAGAUGAGAGAGUCUUUAAAUUGUUUUAAGCGGACAGUCCACACUGUUUCCAGGCAAGUUUAAACACUGAAUAUAUAUAUUCAAAAACCUAUAGAAUAACAGACGAUAUUAUGCUCUCGUAUUAUAAAAUAUGAAUGAAUAAUAGCCUAAUGCAUCCUGAGUUAUUCAUGAGUUAUAUAGUGCCCACCGUAAUUUUCUAAUUGCACCAAAUCAAUGUCUGCGAUGUGUAUGUACCUUUGUUAUUGUAAUAGCCUAUUAUUAGCAACAUGCCAAUACUGACCAUUGUUAUUCUUUUCCCAUGACUAAUAGAAUACUAUAACCGGGCCACGUGGGAAUCUGGCGUUGCGUCCAUGAUGCAAAACAGUAAGUCGUGUUUUUUUCUGAGUAACUUAUACAUUGAGCUGUAAAGAGGCAGUUGGCACAUGACAUUUAUGCUGAAGAUGUUGGUUUGCAUGUUUGUGUAGAAUAAGGCCAAUACUUUUGGGCUUGUUUACAUUUGCUGAAUUAGAAAUGCUUUAUGUAUGCUCAUUGUCAUAUUUUGAUCCACACAGUGGUAUUUCUGUCAUGUUUCUGUAUGCUUCUAUUAACCUGUACGUGUAGGAACUGAAAUAUAGCCUAAUAUCUGCAACUGGACUAUCAUAUCAGAGAAGACGCUAGAAGGAAGUAGAAGGCCUAGAUGGUUUUAUUUAUUGGCCAAUUGCACAACUUCCAAUGCAGUUGUUUUGACACACAUACAGAGAAAGAAAGAAAGAAAGAAAGAAAGAAAGAAAGAAAGAAAGAAAGAAAGAAAGAAAGAAAGAAAGAAAGAAAGAAAGAAAGAAAGAAAGAAAGAAAGAAAGAAAGAAAGAAAGAAAAGGUUAUUCUUGAUAUGAUAAAAUAGCAUUUCAGAAACGCCUGUUGGGGUAUGCCAAUUCACAUAGUUCAUUAUAUGCACUAAUGGACAUUGCAUGCAUCUCAUGGAGAAUAUGUAAUGUUUAUGAAGAUGUUAUCCCUUAUCCCACUACCCCUAUAUUACCACAGUGUGGGAUACAAUUGUAUGCUUUGAUGAGAGGUUGUCUUUCUUAUGAAUGCAUUGGACCUAUAAACGUUAGAGCAGUAUUUACAUAUUUGAGAUGUUAUUCAGUAAUUCAUAAUUAAUAAUGUUGUGUCGUUGGCAGAGUGACAAUAAAAUACAUAUAUGUUCUUUCUUAAUGCUGGACAAGAGGUGUAUGACAUCUGUAACGAAGGUGUGUGGAAUAGCUUACCUCUCAUUCUCUUAACUGAACGACACGUUUUUGCUGCAGUGUGCUUUCAUAUUUAUGCCAAUACAUUAUAUUGCCUUGGCUUAGCCUUGAACUUCAUGUAUAUUUUCAUAUCAGGCCUAAAUUUAUCAAGUUAUAGACGUAGGAUCAGAUGGAAGAUGUGAUGCUCUACACUUGUUAGACCUCCAACCAAACAAAACAUUUGAAUCUAGGUCAGUUUAAGUAGGCCAUAUGAAAUAAUUGAGCGGCCCCAUAUUCCCUCUCACAUUUGAAAAGAAAACUGAGGCCUUCAACUAAACGUAAUAGACUAUACGAGUUUUUUCUUUGGCCAUUAAUUUGAUUAUAGGUGUUUUUUUAAAGAUCAGACAUAUUGUGUCUGUUCCUCACCUUUUAAAUGGACCUACUGGCUACCAAAACAUUAGGCCUAGGCUAUAUAUUAGCCUGUAAACAAGAUUGUACAAGCUUGUGCCAUUAUUCAUACCUUGUUAAAUUUUUAAAUAUGAUGGCAAUGGACUGUCGCAAUGUUAUAUGGGGUGGUCUUUUGAGCGAAAUACUGAGCAGAUAUGAUUCGGGUGAGGCCUUUAGUCUGUCUAAAGGUCGCGGCUGGCUCUGCAGGCUUUGUGCUAAUAGCUCCUGGGUGUAUAUGGAACUGAGCGUCCAAAAUGACGCCAUAUGUUUUCCUAUUAAUUGACUUGCAAUAGAAUACAAGGCGCAUAAUCAUUGCCACUCGGCGAGAUCGACACCACUCACCGUGGGGAAUUAUAUAAUGAUAAAGAAUUAGGCCUAACCUUUCUAGUGAAAGUUUUAUAUUAUUAUCUCUGUGUGGCAGUGAUCAAGUGGAUUUAUUUGAGCACUAUACGGGAGGCGCGUUCAAAGACAAUAAAUCUUCAAUAUGCUUUUCCCUGCUGACCUAUCAAAUGCACAAACACAAUUGAUUUAAUCUAAUCCUGGAAUUAACCUACAAAAAAUGACAUAGCGAUGGAUUUGCUCUUACAGCAGUCUACUCCUAAGCAAAUAGCCUAUAUUUACACCCUGAUUUUGGCUAGAAUUUGUGACUUCAGCCCUAUGGCAGUAGACAACAAAUUCACAAGCACAUGUAGCCUAAUGUUCUAUUUUAAGGCCCAAUAUAAUAUUAUAAUUGAUGUAGGGCCUGCCUAUUAUUUAAUCUCAUUUUUAUUUGAAAACACAGUAACCAAACAUAUGUAAAACAAGGGAGAGUGCUAACAUCUCAAGCAGACUUAUAAAAACAGUGUAAAUAUAGGCUAUGUUGGUUUGUCGCUUGAAAAAAAAUAAGAAUGUCACUUUUUAUAUAUUAAGAGCGACGCGCGCUCCCAUCCUCGUGCCCGCGCACAGCCCCCUGGCUACCAUAAAAUGAAGCUUCCCUUGAAGGGUAAAUGAGUAGGGUCCAAUUUAGUCUGAGUGAUAUCCAAAUGCAGACAGCAAGGGUCGUUUUAUCAUGCUACUAUUUGUCGUGAUGAUGCGAUUUUCAAAAGCAGAGCAGUGUCAUAAAGUGACAUGCCUGCCACAAGUGCUCCAACUGAUCUUUUCAAUUAGCCUUCCAUGCAUGAUCCAGGGCGACUUCCGCCUAUUUCCAGAAAUUAAGCUCAAACUUGACGUGCAGCUAGCUUUAUUUUAAAGACAAAUGUCAGCCAGGCUCAUCAUAUUUUCCCACUCUUCUAUAUUUGGAGCUUAUUUAUUGCUAAGGAGCUUGUGCUCUUAGAGUCAAUUUAACGGGAGGCUUGGAAGGGAAGGGAGAGGAGAACUAGAGCAAACGUAGACGACUACAGGGAGGCUCCUUUUCCAUUUGACUUCAGGUUUGGUCUGGUUUCUGGGCUAUCCUAAGCUGGCUAUUGUUAAUUGACUCGUAUGAAAGUACCUGUUUACAUGGGCGUUUAUGAUGUUUUGGCUUGUGUAACAAACAUCAAGUUGAUAUACAUAGGAUUAGAUGAUGAUUUGUUUGAUGUGUUGACAGUAUACUGUAAUUACUACUUUAUAAUGCUGUGCAGCAAAUAGCAUUACGCUAUUUGAGCUAAAGCUUUGCAAAGAUGCGCAGAUAUCGGCUCAGUGGGCUGGAUAUGUUUUGGUCGAGUUCAUACCACACCGCUGAGGCUAAUCAAUGUUCUGCAUGUGUGACUAGAACAAAAUUGUAGAAGAUAAUGAUAUUCGCGAGCAUAUCCGGAAAGCAUUUAAAACAUAUGACAAAUUAACAAUGGCAAUUAUAACACAAUAUGCAAAGUCCAGCGUGAUUUCCUCUAUGUUUGGUGGUGAACGUUCAGUUUUGUUUAGUCUCCUGUUCUGCUUGAUAACUUUUAUUUUUGCAUAGUUAAACACUAAACACUUGCAUCAGAGACAUCUGUAGUGAAGAGGCUGCUGUUUUUAAUCACAGCUCUUGAUUCGUGGCUUAACUAAAGAGAGUGUAACCCUGUCUCUGCCCAGGUCACAGCGGAGUGAAUCAGCUCGGCGGAGUGUUCGUCAACGGCAGACCCCUGCCCGACUCAACCAGACAGAAAAUAGUCGAGCUUGCUCACAGUGGCGCGCGGCCGUGCGAUAUAUCCAGGAUUCUGCAGGUGAUAACACUACAUUCUUCUCUCUGUCUGCAUAGUAAAAUGCUUUAGAAUAACAUUUGUAAUCUGUGAUUUUUAUUUAGAAUAUACAACUAAAUGCACAGCCAAAUAUUGUUAUUUCAAACCAUUUUAAGUUGCAGUUUUGAUUUUGGAUGGUGAAUUACGAAUUAUGGUUUGUCGUGAUGCCAGGAAAUGUUACGACACAACCUGCAAACAUAUCUAUCCAAAGUAGAUGUCUUGAUCCAGUAUCAGAUGCAUUUCAACAAAGUGCAAGUAAAAUUACCUUAUACCAUUCAAGGUAUAUUUCUUGUGUUAUAGACCCAUGGUGAUGCAAAAGUCCAAGUGCUGGACAAUGAAAACGUAAGCUUAACAAUGUUUGUAGUAUACACAUAUAUUACACAUUAGUCUUGAAUAAUGUAUGUGAUUUGUGUCUAUUGUUUUCUAUUUAGGUGUCAAACGGCUGUGUGAGUAAGAUUCUGGGCAGAUACUAUGAAACCGGCUCCAUCAGACCAAGGGCGAUCGGAGGUAGCAAACCAAGAGUAGCAACUCCGGAGGUGGUCGGAAAAAUUGCCAUAUACAAGAGGGAGUGCCCUUCAAUCUUCGCGUGGGAAAUUCGUGACAGACUGCUUUCAGAGGGGGUCUGCACAAACGAUAAUAUACCCAGUGUAAGUUCAUUGAGUGUAAGUUACUACUCAUACCAUUUUAUACGCAUAAAAAAAAAAUAACUGAGUUAAAUUACAACGAACAACUGACCUCAAUAUUGUUUAUGAUCGUACACCUGUUUCAGAACAAUUACGCAUUGCGAUUGAUAAUAUACAUUUAAUUGAUAUUUUGUCUAUUUCCCAUUUCGAUACCGAGUUUCUUACCCAAAUACAUAUUGUGAAUGUGAGAGUAUGCAUGACAUUAUGUGACAGAUCACUUACAAGCCAAUGUGCGGUCACAACCAAGGGAAGCGCGUUGAAUUAAUGUGAAGCAUUUUGGGUUUGUCUUUCAGGUGUCAUCGAUAAACAGAGUACUGCGCAACCUGGCUAGCGAAAAGCAACAGAUGGGUGCAGAUGGCAUGUAUGAGAAGUUGAGAAUGCUGAACGGUCAGACUGGGACGUGGGGGACCCGGCCGGGCUGGUACCCCGGAACCUCAGUGCCAGGACAGCCCAACCCAGGUAGGAGAAUCACUGGAUUUGACGAGAGGAGUGAGAAUGUCUUUAUUAGGUCAUUUCUAUAACGAUUUAUUAUUAUUAUUAUUAUUAUUAUUAGCUAUUAUUAUUGUUGUUGUUGUUGUCGUAUAUCACUAUACCAGGCCUAUUAUUACCAUCAUUAUAAUUAUUUAAAAAAAUUAACACAAUAAUAUCUCCUUAUAUUUUAUUGUGUUACAACAUUAUUAGGCUACAUUAUUGAAAGUAGCAUGGGAACAAAAAUAACUUUUUACAAAAUCUUUGAGGAUAUCAAAGUUCAGCUGAUGUUGUUUAUCACUAAUGCAUCGGCUUUAUUAGCCUUAUUUGACCUAUGCAUGGAACUGUAAUUCAUUUGCUGUCCUAUAGGCCUGUGCCAUGCCCCCGAAAAUGAUUCAAAGAUUAGGAUACUUGGUAUGAUUCGACUAAUUAUUAACUUGCAAAUUCUCGACAUGUUUUUCGAUUAAGUGUAUUUUACAAUAAGGUUGUAAUUUCACAAUUUAGUCGGUACGAUUUAGUCUGCACGAUUGAUGCAUUUAUUGGCCCAUACUGUAGGCCUAUAUCUGGUUGUCCGUCAAUGAGUCCACAUUUUCCCCAUCCAACCUGCUUUAGGAUGAAAAAAUCUGAAGCAGUGUGCGGUAGGCCUAUCUGUACAAAGGAUGUUUCUGUCACACGCAAGAAUUUGUUAUGGGAACAGUUCUGUCGCUAUGUAAUUGCUCAUUAGAGAACGUUUUGUUUCUCAUUAAGGCGACAUGAAUAAGCGUCUAGUUUGAGGAGACAGCUGUAGAAAUGUUCCACGGGAGACCCCUGGACACGAUAUGGCACCAUUUGCCAAUUAGACACGUCAGUUUUAAGAGAACUAAACAAUAAAGGAUGGACACUAUUGAAAUACAUAAACCGUUUUUUCUCCUUCAUAAUUUCUGCGUUUUUGUUGUUGUUGGCAACUACACCUAUCUCGAAUGAGAUAUCCCCAACAAUUAAAUUAAGGUGAAAGGUGACCAAGUGCUAAGAGUAACAAAUACAUUUUUUCAUGGUAUAUAAUAAUAAUAAUAAUAAUAAUAAUAAUAAUUAUUAUUAUUAUUAUUAUUAAGUAGGCCCUAGUGUUAUUAUAAUAGUAUCCCAAUAGUAUUAAUUAUAUAAUCUAAGCCUAUAUAAUCUUAGCAUAAUUAUAGACUAUUAGGCUGUUAUAAAUGAAUAAUAACGAUGAUAAUAAGUGCUGCUGCUGUUGGUGUUUGUACUUUGAAUGUAUCACUGUUAUCCUGUCUAUUCAAAAUAUGCCCAAAAUGUGUGUGUUAACACCACAGCCAGCUAUACCAACAUCGUAUGUUCACUUAUGUUCUGCCAUAAGUGUCUACACUUCCAUGGAGUGCGAUUUCAGGGAAAUUAAGAAUCCAUUACUCCGGAAGCAUACGGCAGGGUGAGGUCUCAGAGGGGGAGAAAUAUGGUCUCAAUCUGAUAAACGCCACGCAACAGUGAAUAAAAUAGUGGAUUCAUCAGAGUGACAGGGCCCGAAGAGAGACAACUCUUUCACAAGGAGAGGCUGAAAGCUCUCGCUUGCGAUUUCGUGUUUUUAGGGAUCAACGUGACAGUUUUUCUUAUCUUUUUUUCUUUAUAGAGGACUAAAGCUGUCUAUGGGGUUUAGACACUUUCUCUUUCAGGGGGUCCCAGAAUGUUUUUAGUUUCUAUUGCUGAAAGAUGCCGCAGUUGGUUCUCUAUCUGUUGGCUUGUUUUACGCCUGACUGAUUGCGACACGUGAUACUAAGGAAUGGUUUUAUUUCCCAGCGUCUUUUAUUAAUGAAAACAAAUCCCAAAUCUAGCGACAGUUGGUCUGGCUGAGGAUAAUAGAACGCACAUUCACUCCUUUUGACGGAUUAGCUCCAAAACUAUAGCGCACUGGUCACUGAUAAGCUUUAUUUUUGGACACAAGAGGGACAUUUAAAGGGGAUAACUUCAUCUUCGCGUAUGUUCACAAUAAUGUAAUAAGACACAUCGUUCUGAAUAAUACAUUUGGUUUUGAAACAACCAAUCUGUCUGAAAAGCAUCUGCAUAACUUCAGAGCAAAGUGAAUAAGCUACACAAAUAUGAUGAUGGGUCACUGCUGAUAUAUAGUUGUUGAAAUAUAUCUUCACCUAUAUUACUUAACUGUGAGCAUACCAAUACAGCUUAUGACUAGGUAUACUGAGCAACCUGCCUGUGCAUGUAGAAAAAACAUGAACUGUGAAAUGGGAAUCACCCACACAAUAAACUGCCAAAGCAGAUUUAUCUAGGCCUACAUAACUAUGUGUAUCGUUUGCUACGUAGGCAUAAUGUAAUGGAGAAAAGGUAUGCUGAAUAAAGUGUCUAACAACAGGACUGACUGAGGCCCCUCAACUCACAGUAGGUUUCUUUGUCGCCUUUAUGUAACAAACACUGUCUGAGCAUAGAGAUGUCUCAUUCAGUGUGUGCUGGGUGUUUUUCUUCCAUGGCCUAAAGAAACCAUAAAUCCUAACUGGCGUUGAACAGGGCAUCCUAGUAGACAGUGAUUAAUGAUAGUAGUGCAUAAAGGUUAACAUACUGAGCUGAAAAGUCUGUUGACUGGAAUCCUCCAUACAAUGAGGGGCACUGCGAGCCUCGAGAGAAUCCUUUUGUGGCCUCCUCCAAUUGUGUCCUCAAAUUCUGCCCACGAAAGUUUGCCAACCCCUCCACAGACCGUGAAUUUAAUAGUUUCCCUUACUCUCCUGGUAUUGUGUGGUCGUGAAAAACUGCUUUUAUUCAAGUGUUGUGGGUUAUUUCAAUGGGUGUACAAACGCCAUUGUGGAAAAAGAUAACAUUUUAAAAGGGAACGUUUGGAUUUUAAAGCAUUUCAGGGGAUCUGAAUAGGUUCUACUAUGUUGUCUUAUAUUUCAGCAAGACAAGCAUUGUUACAUGGUCCUAAAAGAUCAACGCCAAAAAGAAUAGUUUCCCUCAACAUUGUAUAGCCAUUUUCUAUAGCCUGAUGUAACUAAUAAUAUCUGGUCAAAAUAACACAAUGAAUUGUCAAACCCAGUCAAUAUCAGUUGGAAGGAGCAGAGAACGCAACAAGUCUCAACAUUUCACAUAUUAUAAGAGAAUGUUUUAGGCACAGGUGGGUUUUGGGCAUAUCCUCAUAGGCCUCAUUAAACUCCAAGGAAUGCAAAAGAAACUCCAAUGCAAGAAAAUACAAUAAUUGUGCUAACUUGAUCAUAUUUACUUCCAAACAGGUGCACCUCCUGCUAUGCAUUAAAGCUGAACAAAGAGUGAUAGUUUGUAUUGAUUGAUUGAUUCAUUAUUUUUCAGAUGGUUGCCCUCAGUCAGACGGCGGAGGUGAGAACACUAAUUCAAUAAGUUCAAAUGGAGAAGACUCGGAUGAGACCCAAAUGAGACUUCAGCUGAAAAGAAAAUUGCAAAGGAACCGCACGUCAUUCACACAAGAACAGAUAGAAGCGCUUGAGAAAGGUACAUUAUACGGCCACUGUCACAUGUUCUUGUCCAACUGUCGGCCGAAGUAAUCCCAUUAAUGAGCUGGUGAUACUAAAUUAGAAUAUUUUAAGCAUAAUUAAGGCAUCAAGACUGACUCGUAACUUGGCCUAUUCAUUUUGAAUAUCACCACAGAUUACUGUUUUCAUUGGCAAACUUUGAAUAACUGUUUCACUGCAAAUUUGAAGUUUUUUCCACAACUGUAUUAGUCUGAAUGCUUUUGUAGGCAUAUUUGAUGUAUAGCACAUUAAAUUACUUCCUUUCUAGUUCUAACUAAUUUUAUUUUUUCAGAGUUUGAAAGAACUCACUAUCCAGAUGUUUUCGCAAGGGAAAGACUUGCUGCAAAGAUUGACCUCCCAGAGGCCAGAAUACAGGUACAGUGACCUCUCCUUGUGCCCAUUAAUAUCAUCUUGAAUUUAGGGAUAUUGUAACCACAUUCACAGAACUGACACAUCCAACACUAACCAUUGAAACAUGAAUGUGGUUUCAGGUGUGGUUUUCAAAUAGAAGGGCAAAGUGGAGGAGAGAGGAGAAACUCCGGAAUCAAAGGCGGCAAGCCAGUAACUCCUCCAGUCACAUCCCUAUCAGCAGCAGUUUCAGCACCAGUGUCUACCAGUCCAUCCCGCAGCCCACAACACCAGGUUGGAGUCAGUGAUCUUUAUCUUUAACAUAACAUCCUAUUACAUCAUGUGCAUUCCACCUUCAUUUAUUGCCUGUAGGAUCCAUUUAUGGGAUUUUAGAACUGUAGCCUCAUCAGCAUGUAAAACAAAAAUGUGUACAAAUGUGGGUGAGAGUCAGGAGUGCCACACAAUCCAUUCUAUGUUCCUGCAUAUCAAUGUUGCAAAUGUCAAUCAGGUGCUGAAUGGUCUCUAAAAUAAAUGUAUAUAUCCUACCCCUGCAGUAUCGUUCUCGUCAGGAUCCAUGUUGGGAAGACCAGACACAGCCCUUACAAACACAUACAGUGCCCUGCCACCUAUGCCAAGCUUCACCAUGGCCAACAACCUGCCUAUGCAAGUAAGUACAUCAAGUCACUGUCAGAUCCAAUAAUUAAUGUAGCAUUUUGGUGUUUUUUUCUAAUUACUUUGCAUAGCAUCCAUAUCACAAGUUAAUGCUAAUAACUGGCAAUGCUGUAGUAAAUACUAUGUUGAAUUUCUAAACUAAAUAUGAUAGUGCAUUAUUUAUGUUCCCAUGGUUUAGUGUGGCCCAUCCCUUAGUAGUUGGGACCGUAGAUGUGAAAUGCUGCUAGGUGACAGAGAGGCAGGUGAAUCUGACUGUCCUGUGUGCUGUUUCCCCCCCAGGCUCCUGUGCCCAGCCAGACCUCCUACUCCUGCAUGCUGCCCACCAGUCCCUCAGUCAACGGGCGGAGCUACGACACGUACACCCCUCCUCAUAUGCAGGCACAUAUGAACAGCCAAUCAAUGGCAGGCUCAGGAGGCAACUCAACAGGUAAGCAGAGAAAUGGUUCAUGACAAAAAAAUAAUAAAUCCAAGACAUUACAAAUCACCAUUUGCAAACAUUAGUAGGUAUUCAUGGUGCCUGAACUGAUCCAUCGCUCUGUGUUUGUCAUGUAAGGUCUCAUCUCUCCUGGAGUAUCUGUUCCUGUCCAAGUCCCAGGCAGUGAAGCAGACAUGUCCCAGUACUGGCCCAGGCUACAG